AUGGUGCGCGACCCGAUGACGCGGCGGGUGGAGUACAUCGGGCCGGUGGUCAACGCGGCGGCGCGCAUCACGGCGCUGGCCCACGGCGGCCAAGUGCUCAUCUCCGAAGCCGCUCACGCCAAGCAGCUGGCCCUCACUACGACCGAAACAACUACUGACGUCGCACCUUCGCCGGCCGAGGACAAGUCGGCGCGCAAGGGCAAGAAGCCCAGAAAGAAGCUGCUCGCAUUGGGCAAGUUCGAGAUGCCCGACUCGCCUCAAGGAGCGAAGCUGUACGAGAUGAAGACUGAAGGCCUCGAAGCGCGCUUCUUCGGUGGCGUGUCGGCCGAAGCAGCGUCAGGGGGCGACCCGUCAUCGUCCGGCGCAAGCAGCAAAGGGAAGAGCAAGAGUGCGGCGGCGGACGGCGGUGGCGACGGGGAGGCGACGCUGGAGACGGCGGUGGGCGAGGGCAUGAUGUUCAAGGAGGACAACUUCCUCACGUCGGCCAACCUGUGCCGCUGGGUGAUCGACUUCCACGAGAUCGCCCUCGGCAAGCAGGUCAUGGGCAUGGGGUCAUACGGGGUGGUGUUCAAGGGCAAGUGGAAGGGCGUCGAGGUGGCCGUCAAGCGGUUCGUCAAGCAGAAGCUCGAUGAGCGGCGCAUGCUCGAGUUCCGCGCCGAGAUGGCCUUCCUCUCCGAGCUCCACCACCCCAACAUCGUCCUCUUCAUCGGAGCGUGCGUGAAGCAGCCCAACCUGUGCAUCGUGACCGAGUUCGUCAAGCAGGGCUCGCUCAAGGAGAUCCUGGCCAACAACGCCAUCAAGCUCGCGUGGCGCCAGCGGCUGGGGUUGAUGCGAUCGGCGGCGGUGGGCAUCAACUACCUGCACUCGCUGCAGCCGGUGAUCGUGCACCGCGACCUGAAGCCGUCCAACCUGCUGGUGGACGAGAACUGGAACGUGAAGGUGGCCGACUUUGGGUUCGCGCGCAUCAAGGAGGAGAACGCCACCAUGACCCGCUGCGGCACUCCCUCCUGGACUGCGCCGGAGGUGAUCAGAGGGGAGAAGUACUCGGAGAAGGCCGACGUGUACUCGUUCGGCAUCAUCAUGUGGCAGGUGGUGACCAGGCGCGAGCCCUUUGCCGGGCGCAACUUCAUGGGCGUGUCGCUCGACGUGCUCGAGGGCAAGCGGCCGCAGGUGCCGUCCGAGUGCGACAAGCCGCUCAAGAAGCUCAUGAAGCGGUGCUGGCACGCCACAGCCAGCAAGCGGCCCUCCAUGGACGACGUCGUCGCCUUCUUCGACAGUCAACUGGGCGACGCCUAUGGUGACGACCAUCCUCGGGCGGGCGCAGUCGUUUGA